UUUCACUCCUCAUUCAUCACCAUUCACCAUUCCUCUCUUCCUUUCUAAUUUUCUCUCUUACCCUAACAAACCUAAUCUUCAUUCUCAUCUCAAACACGCAAAAUAAUCAACAACAAAAAACCAUGGCUUUUCUUUAAGACUCUCAACUCAUAAUAUUCUCUCUGUUUUAACUUAGAAAAAAUCCUCUGUUUUUCCUCUGUUUCACUUCCCCUGUUUUUAAAACAUUUUCCAUUUUGAAUAUAUAAGACAAAAUGUCUUCUUCCUUGUGCCAAGGGUUACAAUCUUGUCUUGAACCUCGUGUGAUGGAGCCACGUGUACUAAGGCUCAAAUUGGCUCCACCAGGAUCAAAUAUUUCACCACCUUCCUUAGAACAAGAGAAACCUAUCAUCAUCAACAACAAUGAAUGUGACAAAAAUGACACAAAAUCUGGAUGGAGUUUCCUACAAAAUCUUACUAAAACUGAAAAUGGAAAUGAAAAAGUUUAUGUUCAUCCAACUGUGAAACGUUCUGCUUCAAUGCUAAGUGAAAAAAGCUUAGAAAUGUGCACUGAAAGCCUUGGAAGUGAAACCGGUAGUAAUGCCGGUGAAAGUUGUGAUGAUUUUUCUUUUGAAACAAGAAAUGAUGUUAACAGCAAUAACAUCAUGACGAAUAAUUGUGUUUCUAGAAGAGUUAAUAGAGCUAGUAAUUUUCCACCACCACUCACUUCAAUAACUGAUUUUGGUGGUGUUCAUGUUAGGCCUCACCGCGAAGGCGGUAGGUUAAUAUUAGAAGCUAUUGCUUCUCCUUCUAUUACUCCUUAUUUUCAUGCAGAACGUAGCGAUGGUAGGCUUAAGCUAUGUCUUUUUGAGACUGUUUAUGAUUAUGAUGGUGAUGAUGAGGAUUAUGAAGAAGAAGAAGAAGUUGAAGAAGAAGAAUAUGAAGGUGGUGAGAGUGAAAAGGAGCAUGAUGAUGAUGAUAUUGUGAGUGAGGAAGAGUGUGUUGAGAAGGUGGAAGAUGAGAUGGGUGUGACAAAGUUUGCAAGGCCAAGAAGGUGCAAGGAAAGUGGGAAUAGAGAUUUUUUUGGUGAUGGCUACUUUGAUCAACUUCCAUCUAUUUCACUAUGUCUUUGAAUAUUAUUAUUUUUGUUUGUUUUACUACUAUUAUUUAUCUCUCUCUUGUUUUAGGAUUUGAAGACUUAUGAUUGGAGCUUAUUUCUCAUUGUCCUAAUGGAAGUUAGUUAUUAUAGUUAUUAGUUAUAUUAGGACAUUGUCCUUGUAUCUA